UUAUCAGAUUGUGGUAUGCCACAUUUUUGUCUAUUAUAAUUUUUAGGUUAUGUUUAUACAUGACUUCACGUUUAUGUAUAUCGUAUGUCACAUCGAAAAUGAAUGUGAAUACUGUCGUCACUGUUACACAAUUAUUUCUUUUGUUAAACAUAUAACUUAAAAUAACAGAUGUCUAAGUUAGACAUAACAAUUUAUGAAUAUUUUUUAUGUAUUUAAAGAAUUUUAAGACGAUUAUUUUUUUCUGAAGUAUGACAAGAUCACAUAUAAAAUAUCAAAUUGCGAAAGAUACAGAUGAUACAUCAGAUUAUUUUCUCGAACCAGUCCAAGAGUUUCCAAAUGUGUCCAAAAAAGAAGUAUCUUUUUGGAAAAAAUCUUUUCAAAUUAUCAUAUUAAUUCUGUGCUAUUUUGUGUUGUCUGUAGGUUUAACUUUUUAUGUACAAUGGCUUUAUAAUACAUAUGGAUUUCAUUUUCCACUUGUUGUGGUGAUAUGUCACUUAUUAAUAAAAUUUUUGUUUUCUGCUUCAAUAAGAUGUAUUAAAACAUGUUGGAAGAAACAACAACAAUUAAAACUACCUUUACAAAGCAUAAUAGGAAUGGUUAUGCCAAUUGGCAUAGCUAGUGGCCUUGAUAUAGGUCUAUCAAAUUGGGCGAUUUCAUUAAUUACUAUGUCAUUAUAUACUAUGACAAAAUCAACUUCUAUUAUUUUUAUUCUUGGAUUUGCACUCUUUUUGAAGUUGGAGAAAAAGUCUUGGACAUUAUCAUGUAUUGUAGUAAUGAUAUCAGGAGGUUUAUUUAUGUUUACCUAUAAAUCAACACAAUUUGAAGUUUUCGGAUUUGUAAUUUGCCUCUUAGCAUCAUUUUUAAGUGGUAUUCGGUGGACUAUGACACAACUAGUUAUGCAAAAAUCUAAACUUGGAAUGAAAAGUCCAAUUGACAUGAUGUACUAUAUGCAGUUAUGGAUGUUAUUACCUAUUGUACCAGUGAUGAUAUGGUUUGAAGGAUCUCAUCUAUACAAUAGCUUUAAAAAUACAGAUUGGAAUGAUAUUCAAACUAUUAUAAUGACUACAAUUGCUGUAUUUGGAAGUGCUAUUAUAGCUUUCCAUAUGGAAGUUAUGGAAUUUUUAGUUGUUACAUAUACUUCUAGUCUUACACUUUCAAUUAUUGGCAUAAUUAAGGAAAUAUUUAUUUUAAUCUUGGCUGUUGAAUGGGAAGGUGAUCAAAUGAGUCAUCUUAAUUUUGUAGGAUUGCUAAUGUGCCUUUGUGGAAUCACAAUUCAUACGAUACAAAAAGCAUUAUCCAAUAGGAACAAAAAAGCUGAAAAUUUGGAAUUACAAGUAAAUUCUCUUUCAAGUAAUAAUUUUAAAACUGAAGAGGUAAUGGAUACAAAUUUACCUUUGUUAACUCAAAAAUCGACAUCGCUAACAAAUCUUUUAAACGCGGAAUUCAGUUCAGACGAAGAUGAUCCAGUUAAACAUGGUGAAAAUUCUACUCAGAUACUAUCUAAUAUAUUGCAACGUAGGGAACAGUAAUGUCUAAACUUUAACAUUGAUAUACAAGAACAUAAAAUUUAUUUAUUCUGAAAAGUCAUUCCAUAUCUAAUUAUAUACUAUUUCCCGCAUUUUAUACAUAUUUUUACACCUCAAUUUAAUUAUUAAAUUUAUGAUCUUUAAUUUUCAAUGAAAAUGUUAAUAAUUGUUAUGUAUGUCCUAUUUUUGAGGAUAUAAUUUAUGCAUGUAAAAUUAUGUUUAAAUUUAUUUUUUUAAUAUUAUUUCGAAAAACAAACAAAUUUUUAUUUCAACACUUAAAAACUUAGAGUGCAAAUAAUAUACAUAUAUAAAACAAAGUACAUAUAUGUAUAGUAAUUAACUCUAAAAGGAAAUUUAUUUUAUAAUUAUUUACUUACAGCCUGUGUUAUUAGUUCCUUGCUUAAAAAUAGCAUAACUAUACCUUAUUAUUUAGUAGUAUUUUUCGCAUUUGAUCUUAUUUAUGGUAUAUACAUAUAUUUAUAUACAAAUAAAAAGACUUCCAAAAAUACACAGCAUAAUAAUAGAUGAUAAUGUAAACAUUGAAAAACUAUGCACAUUUUAUAAAUUAUUAUUAGUUUAAAAAAAGAUAUAUCUAAUUAACAACUUUUUAAUCAAAAUUUGUGUGAACAGCCAUUAUUGUUAUUUAAUAUUAUUCUUUUCCGAUAUGAUAAUUAUAAGGACAAAUAUACAAAAACAUUAUAGUAGACAAAGACAUUAUUAAUUUUUUAUAUUCAUAAAUCGUGUUUUAUGUAAUUUGAUGUUAAUAUUAUACAAAUUAAUUAUAUAGUAUAAAAACAAUACUUCAUGUAAUUAUGUAAUUUUAUGGUAAUUUAUUUGAUUUUAUGAUAUACAUGUUAAUUUGUAUAAGGAUAAUAAUAAUGUAUUUUGUCAAAGAAAUUUAUUUAAUAUGUAUGUUCUCAUAUUGAGAAUGUUAUAAUUUUUAUUUUAUAAUCUUAAAGUAUUCAUAAUAAACUUUGUAUACAUAA